CUAAAAUUAAGGUGGGAACAACAACUACCGCAACAGCAUAGCAGAGAAAAACAGCAUCAUCUUCAAAUCCUUUCUCUCUCUCUGACCCAUUCCCACUUUCUCUCUCUACUCAGAGGCAUACACCAAAAAACAAUGAAUGAAGAAACAUGGAAAUUCCACGCAUCCUCACAUCAAAAACCAACGGGCCAUCUGGAUCAAAAUUUAUGUGGAAGAAAAACAAACAAAAAAAAGAAAGAAAGAAUGGGAAACACAAAAGAAAAAAGAAAAGCAAGUUAGCUAGCUAGAUGGCUUCAAAGGUCCUCCAACUAUACCCACCUUACAAUACAAUUACAACGCCUUUCUCUUUCUCUAUCAUAAAAAAACAUGUUCCCUGAAUUGCCCUUCUGCAAGACCCCAAAAAAUCCCAUCUUCUCUCAAAAGAGCAAUAUUUUUCACCGAGUUAUGUGGACUUCUUUUUGGGGUUUCUUUGUCUUGGUCAUAGUUUUCACAGAGAAAACAGGAAAGCCAGAAGAACCUUCUUACCUCUUCCCUCAUCUCUCCCUCUCUCUCUUUCUCUCUCUCUUUCUCUCUCCCUUUCUCUUCUUCUUCUCUUUAUCUUAGUCAUUCCUUCUUGUUGUGUCACCUUACCCAAUAUCCACCUUCUCCAUCUGCUCCUACCUUUAGCUAUUUGCUGAUCUGAUGAAGAAGAUGAAAGGGGCUGUCUCUGUUGAGUCUCCACCUUAUGCUAUGUAUGAGGAUCAGAGGACCCGGUUGAGGCAUCAGAGUCUAUUGCAGGACUACGAAGACCUGCAGGAGGAAACAAAUGCCAUGAGAAUGAAAUUGCAGGCUGCAAAGCAGAAAGAGUUGAUAUUGUUAGCAGAAGUUCGAUUUUUAAGGCAACGUUACCGAUACUUGAUACAAAAUCCUUCUCCAAAGCCUCAACCAAAGCAAGAUAUUUCACGGUCACAAAAGCUUAAAGUCCAAGAUACCAUUAUCCCAAAGAGCAGGAAAUACAACAGAAAGGAAUCUGCUUUGCAGCCUCGUGUUGCUUCUCAUUUGAAUUCAAAUGAAAGGAUUUCCAAUGGGGUUGAGACCACAUUGCGAAAAAUAAAUCACAUGUUUGAUUUAAACCAAAAUGCUAGGAGUCUUAGACAAAAAGAGCCUUCUUUUCUUAAUUCUGCUCCAACCCUUGACUUGAAUCAAAAUGACAAGAUUCAUAGUGGGAAAGAAGCCACGAAGAAGAGUAUAAUCCCAUUUUUUGACUUGAAUCAGAUUUCGAGAGAAGAGGAGGAGUUGCUGGGUGAUGUUGAGCCCAUGAGAGUUGAAGAACCAAAGAGAGUUGCACAAAGAGGUGUAAAUGAAGAGCAACACAAUGACAUCAAAUUGCCAGUUUGUAGAAACGUUGGGAAUGGAGCAAAUAGGACAGUGAAGAGGAAGAUCUCAUGGCAAGAUCAGGUGGCAUUGAGGGUUUGAACUCAAGUACAGUAGAUCAAAAUUCCUGCUCUUUUGGAAUGUUUAUCCCUUGAUAAAAUGUAGCAGAUUUUUUAUAUCUGCUAAACCAUUCUAGUUUUAUUUUCCUUUCUGUAAAGAUAAAAUAUAGCAUUAUAUGUUCAAUAUAUAUAUAGAUGAGAUUGGGCAUUUAUCACGGGUAAUGGUGUUCACUAAGGACUUGUUUCAAUUUCUCUUCUACAUUGCAAUAAGUAGAGCAAGUUGUUAAAUCC